AGAUGCAUUCAUCGCCAGGUUUCAGCUCUCACGCUGUCCCUUUAAGAAGCCAGUACAGCUGUCACUGGAGUGAUUGUCUGAGCUUAAACUCCUCUGGUGGAGGGGCUUAUGCAGCGCUUCAGCAGGAUCCAAUCGGGCAGGUAGCACUCCUCGUUCCUGCUCCCCCCAGAGUCCCGUCAGCAACACCCUCACAGGAGAACUCCUACAGAUGGGACACAUGCUCACUAAAGACUGCAGAAAGUUUUAAUGCUGGGAAAUGAGUGAAAUGGCUGAACCAGCAACAAUAACCAGACCCCUGAUAUCCUCCAAGCGGCACAAGAGCAUAAGAAAGAAUUCCAAAAGGAUUUAUUCCCCAUAUCAAGACGAUAAUGGAGCAUCUGAUGAUGAGGAUAAGGAUGGAGAGAGAGUGGACAGUAAUGAUCCAGAGGAGAUGUUCCAGAACAUUCAGCUUCAGAAGGAAAUCAUCGCCAACAUCCGAACCAAACCCUGGCCAAUCAGGCGCAAGCUAAAAGUGCUCAAGCAAGCCAGAGAGAUUGUUCUGAAGUAUGAGGGCAGACUGACCAGAACACGAGGUUACCAGGCAGCCGGGGCAGAUUUGCUGAAGAAGAUUUCAAGAGUCCUCUACAACAUUGUUGUUCUGUUCAUUCCCUGGGAGAUGAGGAUUAAAAAGAUUGAAAGUCAUUUUGGAUCAGGAGUGGCAUCUUACUUCAUAUUCCUACGAUGGCUGUUUGGGAUCAAUAUAGUUCUCACUAUAAUGACUGGAGCCUUUAUUGUGCUGCCUGAGCUCCUGGCCGGUGCUCCAUUUGGUACCACCCGCAGCAAGACCAUUCCCAAGGAGCACCUUUCUUCCGCACAAGAUCUGGACACCAUCUGGUCGCUGGGGGGAUAUCUACAAUACUCUGUUCUUUUCUACGGCUACUAUGGCAAUGUGCGAAAAAUCGGCAGCGCUGGCUACAGACUACCCUUGGCCUAUUUUCUGGUUGGGAUGGCAGUUUUUGCCUACAGCUUCAUCACUUUGUUAAGAAAAAUGGCUAAAAACUCCCGCACGAGUUUAGCCGGUGCCUCCGAGGAGAAUUACACUUUCUGCUGGCGUGUCUUCUGUGCAUGGGACUACCUGAUCGGGAACCCAGAGGCGGCCGAGAGUAAAGGGGCAGCCAUCGUCAAUAGCAUCAGGGAGGCCAUUGUCGAAGAGCAAGAGAAGAAGAAAGACACAAGCUUAGCCGUACUGAUCAGUUUGCGGAUUCUGGCGAACAUUCUCGUCCUGCUGUCAUUGGCCGGCAGCAUCUACAUCAUCUACUUUGUGGUGGAUCGUUCACAGAAACUAGAGCAAGAGAAACCUGAGCUGACACUCUGGGAGAAGAACGAGGUGAGUGUGGUGGUGUCCCUCAUCACAAUGAUCGCUCCUUCAGCCUUUGAGCUCGUGGCCCAGUUGGAGAUGUACCACCCCAGAACAAGUCUCCGCUUCCAGCUUGCCAGAGUUCUGGUGUUGUACCUUGGAAACCUCUACAGUCUGAUUAUUGCCCUGCUGGAUAAGGUCAACAGUAUGAGCUCUGCAAUUCCUGUGGGUACAGGAAACCUGUCUGACUCAACAUCAUACCUAGCGACCAUUUCCCAGCCUACUGAGGACAACCUGUCCACCAUUGUCCCGGAUAUGACAGAGCGGAGGAACAGCACACUGACCAUGACUCUUCUGGACCUUAACAACAGCGUGACCACUAUCAAGAGCACCACAUCCUCCAGACAGCCAAUGAGAGUGCAGUCUCUGCUAAACCAGACCGUCCUCUAUGAGUACAACACCAGAUCACAGCAAGACCCCUGCUGGGAAACAUAUGUUGGUCAGGAGAUGUUGAAGCUCUCCAUCAUUGAUAUGAUCUUCACGGUGGCGAGUAUCCUGCUCAUUGAUUUUAUUCGGGGACUGGUGGUUCGAUACUUGAGUGACUGCUGCUGUUGGGACUUGGAGAGCAAGUUUCCAGAAUAUGGUGAAUUCAAAAUAGCUGAAAAUGUUCUUCAUCUGAUAUACAACCAGGGAAUGAUAUGGAUGGGAGCAUUCUUUUCACCCUGUCUGCCCGCCUUUAACGUCCUGAAGCUCAUUGGGCUGAUGUACCUGCGGAGCUGGGCUGUGCUGACCUGUAACGUCCCCCAUCAGCAGGUCUUUAAGGCCUCCAGAUCAAAUAACUUCUAUCUGGCGAUGCUUCUCUUCAUGCUUUUCCUGUGUAUGUUACCGACCAUUUUUGCCAUCGUGAGGUACCGGCCGUCUCAGUACUGUGGACCAUUCAGUGGCCAGGAGAAGAUUUACGACAUCAUCUCUGAAACCAUUGCCAACGACUUCCCGAUGUGGUUCAAUAAAGUGAUGAGUUACGUCACCAGUCCUGUGGUGGUGCUGCCCGCUUUGCUCCUACUCUUUAUGCUGAUCUACUACCUACAGUCCAUCGCUAGAUCACUCAAAGUCACCAACAGCCAGCUGAGACUGCAACUGCAGACCGAGCGCACAGAUGACAAGAAGAAAGUAUUUCAGUUAGCUGCAGCACGUCUGCAAGCACCUGAGGGUGGCGAUAAAAAGCCGGAACAAGAGAGCGACAUCACUAGUGUGGAGUCGUCCGCCCGCUCCACCUCUCCUCCGCGGCGCAACGGUAGCGUCACCAACUUCGAAUCUCCCGUCCGGCAUGGCAACAGCAUCCGGACCAUAACCCAGUCGGCUUCACGGGCUGACGUCCCUGGAAUGGCCGGAGCGACGCGGAGUCCCUCUGUCCCAGUGCGGCAGAAACACAAAGCGGAGCAUGUAGCCAGUAGUGCUUUCAGAAUGUACAGCAGCCCCUCAGUUCCUCAAAGACAAGUACGACGAGUGGAGUACAUACCCAUCAGGCAUUCUGGAUACUUGGGCAGCACCAGCGGUUCCUGCCGCUCCAAGUCCUACCACAACAUGGCCUACAACCCAUGCACACGGUAUGGCGAGAACAUCCAUUCCGACCCAGUGUUUCGGAAAACCCUCCGGCCCAUGCACAAUGAGCCCGGCGUAAUCACGGCUCAGAGCUACGUGGGCCGCCGAGCACACACGACACGCUACGUCAUCGUCAACGAACAUGAAGCUCGCAAGAAGCUUGUGCGCUCCACUACACGCGUACCGAGACAUUACCGCCUAGUAGAUGAACCGACUGAGAUUGUAGAGUUGUAUCCACGUAAUGUGAAGUGUUACAUUCCUCGUACCCCUCACCGCAGCCACCAGCCACACCUCAGCGAGGAAGAGGAGGAGGUAGAGGAAGAUCCGAAGAGCAGCACAAGGAGGGGAUCGAACCGUCCACGAUCACUGUCGGACCUCCAUAAGACCGCACGGUUCUACAUUGGCGAUGCCAUAAACAGUCAGUUAUCUAUGGAGCAGGGUUUAUAUGGCGAUGAAGAAGAGGACGAUCAGGAAGACGACUGGGUGGACGAUGGCUCGCACCCUUGCUCUCAAACAAACAUCCGAGGCCCAGAGUUGGCUCACAGGUAUGGCGAACAAUAUGUCAAGCCCAAGACCAAGCAUAAAGUGGAGCCUUCGCUGACCGAGUCAGAUUCGGCAUCGCUGGCGUCUAGUAGCGACCAACAAAACAGCAGCACGGACCAGUACAUCCAGGUCAUUCACAACAAGGACAAGUACCUGAAGCCCAGUGCUAAGCUGACCAAAAAGAAAUCCAAGAACAGCAUUAAACUCAAUGCGUCUGGCACCAAUGAUCUUGUCUGCUCCAAUGUUUAACCUGUGUAGAUCUAAAACAGAGAUUAUGGCUCUGUUCAAAAACCCUAGUGAACUGUCUACAUAGGAAGCAUUAAGGCCUCGUAGGCGCACACAAAUACGAAGACUAUUUCAAAAGGUAGGUUGCAUUAUUAUCCUGCCUUCUAAGAUACCAUCAAUGCAGCAUCAUAUGCAUCCUUUCCCAGAAUGCACUGUUCCAAACAACUAGGAAUUCCCAACUUGGAAUAGAGUGCUGGAGUGAUGAUGUGUUUUUGUAUUCCAGCCUAGAAGUUGGCAUCGUCCUGGUUCCCUCUACAAAUUCCCUUUAGGAUUUUUCCGUUGUUUUUUGGAUUAUUAUGGAAGCUUGAUUUCGCCACUAAAUAAAAAAUAAAAAAAAGGUAAUUGUGCCUUUUUUCUCUCUCUCUCUUAUGAGAUAUAAACUCACAAUAAAGGCUUUUCUCAGAAUUGUGCAAUUGUGAGUUAUAAAGUCCAAAUUACUUUUUUCUCAGAAUUGCGAGUUUAUAUCUCACAAUUCUGACUUUAUAACUCGCAAUUGUGUAUUAUAAAGUCAGAAUUGCAAAAUAUAAACAAUUCUGAGAAAAAAAAGAAUUGCGAGGAUAUAUCUCACAAUUUUAUAAUUCGCAAUUCUGACUUUAUAACUCUCAAUUCUGAUUAUAACGCAAUUGCGACUUUAUAUUGCGCAGUUCUGAGAAAAAAAGUUUAUAUCACAAUUCUGACUUUUUAACACAUAAUUGUGAGUUUAUAUCACGCAAUUCUGAGGAAAAAAGUCAGAAUUGUGAGAUAAAAAGUCGCAAUUACCUUUCUAUUUUUUAUUCAGUGGUGGAAACAAGCUUCCAUAGGAUUAUUGUAGAAAUUAAGUUUAUGAUUCUUACACUUUUUUUUUUUUUUUUUUUUUUU